AUGAGCGCUUUAUCCACGAUAUUAUUCGGAUUAGUGCUAUCUAGUGCUAGCUUGGCACCCGUUGUAAAGGCUUCAACACCUUUGGUGAGAUCUUAUGAGGGCAGUACUUUCUUUGACAGAUGGGAUUAUUUCGGUUCAUAUGAUAAUACCACCAACGGAGAUGUGACCUAUGCAAAUGAAUCAGUCGCCGAUGCUAGUCCUGAAUUGACUUAUAUCACCUCUUCGAAUACCGCUAUCAUCAAAGUAGACAAUACAUCCACUGUAGCGUAUAACUAUAAGAGAAAUAGUGUCAAGAUUACUUCUCAAGAUUCUUAUGAUGUUGGUUCAGUAUGGGUGCUGGAUGCUGUACAUCUACCAUAUGGAUGUAGUGUAUGGCCUGCGUUUUGGAGUUAUGGUAAAGGUGCUACAUGGCCUCAACAAGGUGAAAUUGAUACUAUCGAAGGAGUGAAUAUGGGAUACUCGAAUCAAAUGGCAUUACAUACCGAGGAUGGCUGUGCAAUCACGACUUCUUCAAGUGCUUAUACCGGAACUGUGAAUGACACAUCAUGUUAUUAUGAAGAUAAUGAUAAUUCAGGAUGUGCAAUCACAGAUACGAAUUAUAAAUCAUAUGGAUCGGAAUUCGCAACUGCUGGAGGAGGUGUAUUCGUUACUGAAUUAUCAACAGAAGGAAUAUCAAUUUGGUUUUUCACAAGAUCAAAUAUACCUUCUGCCAUAUCAAAUGCGAAUACAUCUAUAGAUACGAGUAAUUUAGGUACUCCAAGUGCUUUUUAUAGUAGUACAGGAUGUGAUAUUAGUAAAUUCUUUGGAAGUCAAAGUUUGGUAUUUGAUAUAACUUUGUGUGGUGAUUGGGCCGGUCAAUCUUCUAUAUUAUCUUCAACAGGAUGUUCAGCUCUCACAGGUACGAAUACAUGCUAUACGACUUAUGUUCUCGAUUCAUCAAACUACGAUACUGCAUACUUUGAGAUUAACAGUUUGAAGGUGUACUCAAAUGGUACUUCAAGCUCAAGCUCAAGCUCAAACACCACUUCAGCUGCCGUCCCCGUUCUUGGGUCGAUAUCAUCAGAAAUACUAGGACCUCGGACUAUCAUACUAUCCACUAUCUUUAUAGUCUCAGUUGUACUGUCGACCCUAUAG